AUGCAAAAGCUAGCAGUCUAUGUUUAUAUUUACCUGUUCAUGCAGAUUUCAGUUGAUCCAGUGGCUCUUGAUGGCAGUAGUCAGCCCACAGAGAACGCUGAAAAAGACGGACUGUGCAAUGCUUGUACGUGGAGACAGAAUACUAAAUCCUCCAGAAUAGAAGCCAUAAAAAUUCAAAUCCUCAGCAAACUGCGCCUGGAACAAGCACCUAACAUUAGCAGGGACGUUAUUAAACAACUUUUACCCAAAGCUCCUCCACUGCAGGAACUGAUUGAUCAGUAUGACGUCCAGAGAGACGACAGUAGCGAUGGCUCUUUGGAAGACGAUGACUAUCAUGCCACAACCGAAACGAUUAUCACAAUGCCUACGGAGUCUGAUUUUCUUGUACAAAUGGAGGGAAAACCAAAAUGUUGCUUCUUUAAGUUUAGCUCUAAAAUACAAUAUAACAAAGUAGUAAAGGCACAAUUAUGGAUAUACUUGAGGCAAGUCCAAAAACCUACAACGGUGUUUGUGCAGAUCCUGAGACUCAUUAAACCCAUGAAAGACGGUACAAGAUAUACUGGAAUUCGAUCUUUGAAACUUGACAUGAACCCAGGCACUGGUAUCUGGCAGAGCAUUGAUGUGAAGACAGUGUUGCAAAAUUGGCUCAAACAGCCUGAAUCCAAUUUAGGCAUCGAAAUAAAAGCUUUUGAUGAGAAUGGACGAGAUCUUGCUGUAACAUUCCCAGGACCAGGUGAAGAUGGACUGAACCCAUUUUUAGAGGUCAGAGUUACAGACACACCAAAACGGUCCCGCAGAGAUUUUGGCCUUGACUGCGACGAGCACUCAACGGAAUCUCGAUGUUGUCGCUACCCAUUGACAGUGGAUUUUGAAGCUUUUGGAUGGGACUGGAUUAUAGCACCUAAAAGAUACAAAGCCAAUUACUGCUCUGGAGAAUGCGAAUUUGUAUUUCUACAGAAAUACCCACACACUCACCUGGUACACCAAGCAAAUCCAAGAGGCUCAGCAGGCCCUUGCUGCACACCCACCAAGAUGUCCCCUAUAAACAUGCUGUAUUUCAAUGGAAAAGAACAAAUAAUAUAUGGAAAGAUACCAGCCAUGGUUGUAGAUCGUUGCGGGUGCUCAUGA